AUGAUCCCAAAAACCAAAUCGACGGCGCCGAGGGAUUUUGGGAAUUCCGGAAUUCCGACGGAAGGCUCAGUAGACGCAGAGAUCUGGGAAUUUCAUCUCAUCCUGGCGCUGGCGCGGCAGCAGGGGAAGCGCGUGAAGGUGGUCGGGGGCGGCCACUCCCCCUCGGACAUCGCCUGCUCCGACGGCUUCAUGAUCCACAUGGGAAAAAUGAACCGGAUCCUGGAGGUGGACAAGGAGAAGCUGCAGGUGAAGGUGGAAGGAGGAAUUCUCCUCUCGGAGCUGCACCGGGAGCUGGAUAAACACGGCAUGGCCCUGGCCAACUUAGGAGCCGUGUCCGAGGUGACGGCGGCCGGAGUCAUCGGCACCGGGACCCACAACACCGGGAUCCAGCACGGAAUCCUGCCCACGCAGGUGGUGGCGCUGUCGCUGCUGCUGGCCUCGGGGCAGGUGCUGCAGUGCUCGGCCGGCGCCGAUCCCGGUCUGUUCCGGGCGGCGCGGCUGCACCUGGGCGCGCUCGGCGUCGUCCUCAGCGUCACCUUCCAGUGCGUGCCGAGCUUCCGGCUGCGCCAGGUCACCUUCCCCUCCACCCUCAGCCAGGUGCUGGAGCAGCUGGAGGAGCACCUGAGCAAUUCCCAGUUUUUCCGCUUCCUGUGGUUCCCGCACACCGAGCACGUCCAGAUCAUCUACCAGGACCCCACGGGCCAGCCUCCGUGCUCCUCGUCCAGCUGGUUCUGGGAUUACGCCGUGGGAUAUCACCUCCUGCAGCUCCUGCUCUGGAUCAGCUCCUUCUUUCCCAGCCUGGUGGUUUGGAUCAACCGAAUCUUCUUCCGGCUCCUCUUCAGCUCCCGCACGGAAAGCGUCGACCGGAGCCACCGGAUCUUCAACUACGAGUGCCGCUUCCGCCAGCACGUCCAGGACUGGGCCAUUCCCAUCGGGAAAACCAAGGAGGCGCUGCUGGAGCUGAAGGCGGAGCUGGAUCGGAAUCCCGGGAUCGGCGCCCACUUCCCGGUGGAGAUCCGCUUCUCCCGGCGGGACGAGAUCCCGCUGAGCCCCUGCUUCCAGCGCGACAGCUGCUACAUCAACGUCAUCAUGUACAGGCCGUACGGGAAGGAGGUGCCGCGGCGCCGCUACUGGGGGAUCUACGAGGGGAUCAUGCGCAGGCACGGCGGGAGACCCCACUGGGCCAAGCGCCGGAGCCACGCCGAGGAUCGGCUCUUCCAGCGCCUUUUUUCGGGAUACAACCGCUGGUCCCGGCCCGUUCCCAACACUUCCGACGUCGUCAUCGUCCGCUUCGGCCUCUCCAUCGCCCAGCUCAUCGAUGUGGAUGAGAAGAACCAGAUGAUGACCACCAACGUCUGGCUGAAGCAGGAAUGGAGCGACUACAAGCUGCGCUGGGAUCCGGCGGAGUACGACAACGUCACCUCCAUCCGCGUGCCCUCGGAGAUGAUCUGGAUCCCGGAUCUCGUCCUGUACAACAACGCCGACGGCGAGUUCGCCGUGACUCACAUGACCAAGGCCCACCUGUCCUGGGACGGGACGGUCAAGUGGGUGCCGCCGGCCAUCUACAAGAGCUCCUGCAGCAUCGACGUCACCUUCUUCCCCUUCGACCAGCAGAACUGCAAGAUGAAGUUCGGCUCCUGGACCUACGACAAGGCCAAGAUCGACCUGGAGAACAUGGACCACCAGGUGGACCUCAAGGACUACUGGGAGAGCGGCGAGUGGGCCAUCAUCAACGCCGUCGGCACCUACAACUCCAAGAAGUACGACUGCUGCACGGAGAUCUACCCCGACAUCACCUUCUACUUCGUCAUCCGGCGCCUGCCGCUCUUCUACACCAUCAACCUCAUCAUCCCGUGCCUCCUCAUCUCCUGCCUCACCGUCCUGGUCUUCUACCUGCCCUCGGACUGCGGCGAGAAGAUCACGCUCUGCAUCUCCGUGCUGCUGUCCCUCACCGUCUUCCUGCUGCUCAUCACCGAGAUCAUCCCGUCCACCUCGCUGGUCAUCCCGCUGAUCGGCGAGUACCUGCUCUUCACCAUGAUCUUCGUCACGCUCUCCAUCAUCAUCACCGUCUUCGUGCUCAACGUGCACCACCGCUCGCCCAGCACCCACGCCAUGCCGCGCUGGGUCCGGAGCUUCUUCCUGGGUUUCGUCCCGCGCUGGCUCUCCAUGAAGAGGCCGCCGGCGCUGCCGGCGCUGCCGGAGGGACAGUACGACCACGCCGGCGCGCGGCUCAGCGCGUCCCGCUGCUGGCUGGAGACCGACGUGGACGACAAGUGGGAGGAGGAGGAGGAGGAGGAGGAGGAGGAGGAGGAAGAGCGGGAGGAAGAGGAGAAGACCUAUCCCAGCCGUCCCGGGGAGUCCCGGGAAUCCCAGUUCCGCUACGGCCAAGGCGGGAAAGCGUCCGGGGGUUCGGGAUCCCGCGGAUCAUCCAAGGGGAAGAAGGAGGAGGAGGAGGAGAAGGAGGAGGAGGAGGAGGAAGGCUCGGAGCAGGGCUUGGCGCUGUCUCCCAGGAUUCUGAAGGCCCUGGAAGGGGUGCAGUACAUCGCGGACCACCUGCGGGCCGAGGACGCCGACUUCUCCGUGAAGGAAGACUGGAAGUACGUGGCCAUGGUGAUCGACCGGAUCUUCCUCUGGAUCUUCAUCAUCGUCUGCCUCCUGGGCACCGUGGGGCUCUUCCUGCCGCCCUACCUGGCCGGGAUGAUCUAG